AUGAAACUGUUGGUUCUCCUGUGCGGCCUGAUCUCCGCGAGGGCCGAGAUGUUCACUGCUAUCAGCCACAUGGAAAACCUGCUUGUGGCGGAAAGUGAAGUGAUCGGUGCGAUGUCGCGUUACUUGGCCAGUGAAGAAGAAAGAUUGUCUCGAAUCCGCCAUUUACUCGGCGAGUACGAAAAGUUUCAUUCCGACGCCUCCAGCAGCGGACUCGAGCAAUUCCUCGCCAACCCAGUGAACGCCUUUCUCAUUGUCAAGCGUCUAACGCGGGACUGGAGCACAGUUCAAAGCGUGAUGUCACAGAACCCUGCUGAAGUCAUCAUAAGCAACAUUACGGCGAGAAAGGAAGAGUUGAGUUUGCCGGACGAGGAGGAUUUAAAUGGCGCUGCCCAUGCGUUGCUCCGGCUUCAAGAGACUUACCAACUGGAUCCGCAUCAAAUGGCGCGCGGGGAUAUUCAGGGGGUUUCCUUCGGCAUUGAGCUCAGUGCUGGGGAUUGCUUUGAACUUGGUCGUCAGUCUUACGUUUCUGGGGACUAUCCGAAGACCAUUCAGUGGAUGAAUGAAGCCGAAGCGAGGUUGCUCAAGGAAAAGGAUUCCCCUACUGUGCUAGAGGAGGAUAUUGUCGAGUAUUUGGCCUUUUCCGCAUACAUGCUGGAUGAUGUCGAGGGAGCCUUGAAACUCACCAAUCGACUCUUGGAGCUCGUUCCAAGUCAUCCGAGAGCCACCGGGAACAAAGUUUAUUAUGAAGCUUCGAUCCGGAAGCUUCGGAGGAAUCGUAUGGGUGACAGUGACGAUUCUCCCUAUGCUGAUAAU